AUGCAUGGAUCGGGUGGAGGACUUGACAUUGUCAAAGAGAGGGAGCAACUCUACAGACUAAUGAUCAGUCAACUUUUCUAUGAUGGCUAUCAAAGUGUUGCAGUAAGUUUAGCUAACAUUGUAAAGGCCCAACCAGCAUGUCCACCUUCAGACAAACUACAGAGGAUUGUGAGACAGGGCCUAGAGGCUGAUGAUGUGAUGAAAGAACAGCUUGCACUGAGGGCAGACACUGUUGCUCCUGGCUCUGGCAUUGAUCUGGAGUUUGAGACAGAUGUGAGUGCAUUGUCUCCAGAGGUUGCUCAAUACGAGACGUGCUAUGUCACAGCUCACAAAGGCCCCUGUAGAGUUGCCAAGUUCCAUGAUUCAGGUAUGCUGAUUGCUACAGGUUCAGAGGAUACUUCCAUAAAGAUUUUGGAUGUUGAGCGCAUGUUGUCUAAGAGCUCUGGCUUGGAUCCCAGAGUCUCAUCUGAUGGAAAUGAUGAAAACCACCCAGUUAUCAGAACCUUGUAUGAUCACAAUGAUGAAAUCACCACUCUGGACUUCCAUCCACAAACUGCUGUCAUAUGUUCUGGCAGUUUGGACCAUGCAGUCAAGUUCUUUGAUUACUCCAAGCCCUCUGUGAAGAAAUCAUUCAAAAGUAUUCAGGAGGCUUACCCAGUGAAAGCUGUUGCAUUUCACCCUUCAGGAGAUUUCCUCUUAGUUGGAACAGAGCACCCUACAGUUCGCUUGUAUGAUACAAACACAUUCCAGUGUUAUGUUGCGUCCAACCCUGCAGACCAGCAUACAGGUCCUAUCACUGAUUGUAAAUACAGUCCAAAUGCCAAUAUGUAUAUCACAUGCUCUGAAGAUGGCAGCAUUAAAGUGUGGGAUGGCGUCAGUAAUAAGUGCACAAAUACAUUUACAUCUGCUCACGAUGGUGCUGAGGUCUGCUCUGUUCAACUAUCUAGAAAUAACAAGUAUAUUUUAUCAAGUGGAAUGGACUCUCUAGUGAAGUUAUGGGAGCUAUCCACAGCCAGGUGUUUGAUUGCAUAUACAGGAGCAGGCACUAGUGGCAAACAGGAACACAGAUCUACAGCUUGCUUUAAUCACACAGAAGAUUAUGUGUUAUUCCCGGAUGAGAGAACAAAAAGUCUUUGUGUUUGGGAUUCAAGGAAUGCAGAGAGGCAGAAGUUGCUGUCGUUAGGUCAUAAUUUAACAGUUCGUUGCAUCCAACAUUCUCCUACUGGUCCAUCCUUUAUCUCAACCAGUGAUGACUUUAGGGCAAGAUUCUGGUACAGAAAGGCUUCAACAGACUGAGAAACACUGGUGUAUGGUAUUUGACAUAUUGAUCUUUAUCUUGACACUGACAAUGCAUGGACACUGGAAGUGAAGACUCAUUUUCUGAAUACACAAAAACUGAAAAUACCCCAAAUCUCCAUUCUAGCCACUCUUCUCUCUGACAUGCAGCUGAUUUGACAGUUUAAAUGCUGUUCUUAUUGUUGUUUUCAUGAGUGUUUUUUUUACCUUGAAUGUGAAAUGACAAUCAGUUACCUAUAUGCUGAAUAUGUAGGGAAGUGGCUCGGAUAUUAUCAAUAUGCCAUUUUUACAAAAAAAGGUAUGCAAGAAAAGGAAAAAAUCCUACCUAUGUUGAUUGCUAAAACAUUUAAAUUCAAUAGGAAUUCAUUUUACACUGUAUUGUCAUAUUAAUAAAAAUAAGCCCUGCCCAAUAGGAAAAAGGAUUAAUGGUUGUCAAAAUAACAUUCUCAACCAAUUAGUGCAAAUGGGAGAAGACAUCUCUGAUCGAUAUGAUGUUUCUGCAUUUUUGAAAUUAAGAACUGAUAGAUGGAGUUUAUUUGGAAAAAUUAACAGAAGGCUGAACAUAGUAAUUAAACAGGGACAAGAUUGAUAGUGUUGAAAUGUGGAAAAAGCUAGUUUAGGCUAUUCAUAAGCAAAGAGAGUGGAUACUGUUUAGUAAUUGUGGAAAUCAUUGGUAAAGAUAUUUGAAGCUACAAUUUGUAGAAAUUUUUGUCAGUAGAUAUAUUUUGUGGGAUGUAUGAAAUAUUUUCAAAAUCUGAAAUUAUAUUUUUUAUUUUAUAUGUACACAUCAAAAUGUUACAUGAAUGCCAUGGACUUGCAGAUCUCUCUAAGUAUAAAUACAUGGAAAUAAACAAUUUUAUAGAAAAACAA